CGCGUCGACUGGCAAGUCUCGUCCUUUGGACAGUCAGACUGCGGCAAAAGGUGUACGUGAACAAACGGACACCAACCGAAUCCCCCUUAUAAAUUACAUUAUUUUUUCAUUGCCACCGAGCAUUGCAAUCAUGGCCCGAUUUCUUUCCCUUGUACGAAGCGCCCUCCUUCUCGCCGUCCUCCCCAUGGCGUCGAGUGACAUGCACACGUUCGACUCGGAACAUGGUGUGCCUACUCACCGUGAUAUGCAAUCGUCCGCAUACAGCAUCACGUUCGACUCCGUCACCAACAGCGGAAACAACGUUACCGUGACCUUUAACCAUGGUAACGGCGGCGCUGGUGAAUUCGAGAUAUACGUGAAAACUGGAAGCGCAACCACAUCACAAUACAACUUGACUUGUUACAGUGAAGGUGGCACGCUUUUUUCUGGCGAUGGAAUAUCCAGCCUAACACCCACGAUUGGGACCGCUAGUUCGACGUUUGAAUUUUCGUUUGACGACAAUGUGGAUGAGACAGACCCGUUUUAUUUUGGUGACGUGAAUACCCUAGUGGAAGGGACGGCGCAGCUCAUCCUCUGUGUCAAGUUUACACUCACGGAAGUUGUUGACAGCAGCCCAAUCGACGUGAACUAUCGGGAAGUGGCCAUUGCUAUCGAUAUUACACUGGACGGCGACCUUGCAACGAACAGUACCCAAGCCUUUGAAGUCAGUGCUGCAGAAGUCAGUGUGGAUCAGGACGGUACAAUUGAAUACACAGCCAAAGCCGAGCUCUGUUCAAGUUUUAGCGGUACAGUCACACCCGGAGUAGCCGUGCCUAUUUGUAUCAAGACUUCGGACUAUCCCUUGUCGCGCAUAAUUAGUGUUCAAGACCUCUCCUUCAAGUCGGGAAGCAUCACGCAAGAUAUUCGUUCCGAAGGCGCAGACGCAACGGGCGCAGGCAAUUUCUACGGCCUCAUUGCUAGUACUGCCGAUGGCCAUUGUGUUAUAAACGAGUGUAUACAAUACGAUGUACUGGUGUACGCCAUAUUUGCAACAGGAGAUGACCUGCAGGUUGAUAUCCUGGGAAACGUUGUUCUUGGCAUUGGGGAUUCUCGACGCACGCUGCGAGCCCGAUUGGAACCGAGUCGCAACCUUCAGGAAAUAGUCCGCACCAGGGCUUUUCGAUCGACGAUUUAUCUUCCUGGACUUUCCUCUGGAUCGGUUGCCCGUAGUUCGCUUUCUGGCAGCUGGACUGCUCCAGUCUUGGCUUUGGGAUCGUUGUUGCUCUCACUGAUCUUCCUUCAGUAAAUUUGCAAAACAGAAUUCGAUCACAAUAGCAUCAAUCUCUAUUGAAAUUUUGAAAACUGAAGUAUGAAUUUGCAAAAAGCU